AUGUCGUCCGCGCUUUGUUUCGCCUGUUCGAGGUGCGAGCUGCCCAUUUGCUCGCAAAAGGACCUUCUCAUGGUGCCUGUCGCCGGUGGCACCACAGGAACAGCCUUUGAGUACCUGUUAGAGGACGUUUUGGCCCUGGAGACCUCCGUGCCGUGCUACAGCGGGGAUGAGGUGGUGGAAGUCAACGUCACGGUUUCGGAGGAUAUAAUUGCAAACAUUUUGCCCCCAGCAGCGCAUCAGCUGGCACUGGAGGCAGGUGUGGUGUCGCAACGCUCUGAGCAGCAGCAGCAGCAAGAAGGGCAAAGCAAUGCGGAAACCACGCAAACGACCCAACCCGGCGGCUCAAACCCGAGUAGUCCGAUGAACGCACUGCCUAACAGAAACAGCGUCGGAAGCACGGGGGACCUGGUGGAGACGAAUCCGGAGGAGGAGGAUGACCAAAAUACGACGGACACUUCACCGCGCGGGCUUUCCUCCACCGACGGAAGCUCUUAUCGGCAAGUGAUGCGGGCGUUGUCACGUUAUAGCCGUGCCCAAGAAACUCGCGUGGACCUGGUAUGCGUCAGGGAAGACGUGUUGGAGUGUGGACUCAGCCUUUGUACCAGGGGUCGUGCCACCGAGGCCCCCCCAGCGAGCUCGCCGUCUGCCUCGGCGGAGGAACUGCAAGGUGCAUCGUCUCCGACCCAGUGGUUUGCACAUCCAGGGAAUUUUAUAGUUGAGGAGUCCUUUGUGAAGGUACGGCGUCGCACAAAGACCGCGCGGUGUCCAUGGUUUGACGCGUACGAUUGUCGCGGGCGGCUGCAGUGCCCGGACUGCCAUCUUGGGCUAGGCUACUUGUUUGUGCGGAAGUCGGCGGAGCACCCCGACCCGCAGGCGGCAGUGUCCGAGGGGGAGGCUCACUCCGCACACCAGGCGUCGACUGGGGAGGAGGAAAAUGCCGAGGAUGUGCACGGGCCGCACCAAAAGCGGGAGCGGAAAGAGAGGGGGAACGAAGGCGGAAAUAAACAACAACAACAACAACAGCCGUGGCGGCAGCAACAGGAUGACGCUGACGAAAUUGCGUCGCAAUUCCCUUCCACGUUUCUGGGCUUAGAACUUAAAAAGAUACGGCAGCGCAAUUGGGGUCUGCGGGAUUUUCAGAGGCGAUACCAGCAGUCCCAAAAUAUCAACACCUUUCGUGAUAUGUUUCCAGAGGCAGAAAAGCUUGAGAACCUUUACAGCCGCCUCACGGCACUUCGCAUGCAAUCUGAGCUCUAUAACAAUCUCCUUCGUAAACACAAGGAACGGAAUGAUGUGCAAGGUGCGCUUCUUCUAAGUCAAAAAGAGCGCAUUCACACCUAUGAGGAAAAACUACGCACUAUGCAACAAAUCAUUGAAGCACAACGAGAGCAGUUGGAGAUGCAGGGUCGACAAAUCAAACAUCAGGAAGAAUUAGUGAGAAACCAUAAAAGUCAGGUCCACACACAACAACAGCAAAUACAUGUAGAGCAGCUCCUAUUGACAGAGCAAAGUCGCACGAUUGAGUCACAGCGAGAGCAACUGAAGCUCAUCCAGGUUCAUCUUAAGGCAAGAUUGGUAAAAGAGAGGCUAGACGAACGUUGUGAACAACUUGCCAACCUACUUCAUAGCCUAGGCGGAGAACGUCGCUUCCAAGUCUCCACAACUGAUGCCGCGACCGCUUCACUGCAACAUGCCUCACGGCCCCUUCUUCCACCUCCACAUCUUAUGGGGAUUGUGGGUCAUGAUACUCGCGUUCACGAGGAGGCAGAAGAUGAGGGAGGGGUGGACGAAGGAUCGAACAAUACAUUGUGCCAACGUCAUUCAAGUGGGAGGAUAACGCCGCGCCCUCGUCAGGAACUCGUGAUCAGCGAAAGUGAAAGUAGAGGUGCUGCCGGGCCAGAGCAUUCUGCUUGCCCCCCGCGAGCAUCGGUCAUGCCUGUUGCGGCCAAUGCAUCGCAUGGCCGGUCGAAGUCUAGCAGAAGCCUCGAUGUUUCCGAGCGCACGGCGGCAAUCACGCGGAAGCUCGCCGAAGAACGGGCUCGGCGGGGUGCCGGAAAGGGGCCCCUACCGCCAGGCAGCAGUUCGGUCGGCACUGCAGCGUCGAAGCACGCGACACAGGCCCCGGACGGCGCCGGUUCGUCUACUUAUCAAAACGCGUCCUAG